AUGGGGUUUGACAAUGGCACCAACGGGACCGUGUCCUGGGCUCCGUUCAGCGUGCAGACGUCUGUUCUGCUGACAGUCCUGGUGAGCUUCAUGAUCCUUCUUAUAGUGUUUGGAAAUGUACUGGUGGUGAUAGCAGUAUUCACAAGCCGAGCCCUCAGGGCUCCUCAGAACCUGUUCCUGGUGUCCCUGGCCUCAGCAGACAUAUUAGUGGCCACACUGGUCAUGCCCUUCUCUCUGGCCAACGAGUUAAUGGGAUACUGGUACUUUGGGGAGAUCUGGUGUGAGAUUUACCUUGCACUUGAUGUUCUGUUCUGCACUGCCUCCAUCGCCCACCUCUGUGCUAUCAGCCUGGACCGCUACUGGUCCAUCACACAAGCCAUUGAAUACAACUUAAAGAGGACCCCACGUCGCAUUAAGUGCAUCAUCUUCAUUGUGUGGGUGAUUGCAGCUGUGAUCUCAUUUCCUCCUCUGAUCACCGUGAAGAAGAAAAAGAACAUGGAGCAUCCCGUGUGCACCAUCAAUGAUGACGAGUGGUAUGUCAUCUCCUCCUGCAUCGGCUCCUUCUUCCUGCCCUGCAUCAUUAUGGUGCUGGUCUACAUCCGAAUCUACCAAAUUGCCAAGAAAAGAACACGAGCGCCUACUGGUGAUAGGAUACCCAAAGCAAACGCAGUGGACCACAAGCACAAUGGUUUGGAUGGAGCCAAAGAUGAGGACUUGAAGCUGAACGGCGAACGGGACAUUGAACUGAAGGAGCAGGGGGCGGACGGCGAUGGGCUCAAAGGCGAAGUCAAUGGAGUGGACAUUGAAGACUCCUCAUCUUCGGAUCAUAAAGUAAACAAUCCAUGCUCCAUCAAAAAGAAAAGCCACAGGGGCAAAACAAAACUGUGCCAAAUCAAACCAGGAGACAAUGAGCUGCCCAAAUGCAUCCCGAGCACCAAGGGGAGCAGGUGGAAAGGCCGACAAAACCGUGAGAAGCGUUUCACUUUUGUCCUGGCUGUAGUGAUAGGGGUCUUUGUCGUCUGCUGGUUCCCCUUCUUCUUCACCUACAUGCUCCAGACUAUAUGCGUGUCGUGCUAUGUUCCACUGACUCUGUUCAAAUUCUUUUUCUGGUUUGGCUAUUGCAACAGUGCCCUGAAUCCAAUCAUCUACACCAUCUUUAACAACGACUUCAGAAGAGCCUUUAAAAAGAUUUUGUGUAAGAGGGACUCCAGGAGAUAUGGCUAA